AUGCCCAGGAGCUCCGCCAACCACGCCUUCUUCUACCUCGCCACUGGAUCGGGGUCGAGGAGCUACAACCAUGACGACCCCUUUGUCUCCGUCUCCAUCGGCCGCCGUGAGCUCCGCAAGGAUCUGGAGUAUUACAUCAGGAAUUUUAAGAUGAACCUUCAAGAAGCUGUAUUUGACAAAGAAGCAUUUCGUGAAGAACUCAAGACCCAGAAUCUGAAAGUAGCCACGCUGGAGGAGCAAAACCUCGAGAUACAGGAGAUUCAUCAGGAACUGAAGGACAAAAAAUAUCUUCCUCGGACCGACCGGGCCGGCCCAGUUCGCGAGGCCACGGCCCAGCCGGCCCAUGCCUCGCGCCCGCGCCGUUCCCGACUCCGGCGGCAGUCCCGCCCGACCACGGCCGCCGCCGCCGUCCCCGAUGCGGACUCGUCCACGCCACCUCCUCCCCUCUCCUAUAAAACCCGAGGCCCCGGGCCCCGUUCCUCCUCCUCCGCCGCAACCGCCGCCCUCGCCGGAGCUCCCACCCCGACGAGAUCUGCCGCCGCCGCCGCGCUCCGUUCUGACUCCCUGAGCGCCGCCGACCCCACCAACCUCACCGCCGCGCCACGCCGCCCCUUCCCCGCUACUCCGCCGUCGCCGCCGACGCCCGGAGCCGUCGCCCCGUUCAUCGCCGAGCCACCGCCGUCGUCUUCUCCGGCGACGUCGACGCCCGCCGCCGCGGUAAGCCACCGGCCGCCCUCGUCCGUUUGA